AUGAGCAAAUUUGGUAUAGUCAUUGAUGUGGACUGCGUUUACAAUAUGGAUGAUCCUCCAAAAAUGCCUCCGGGUUCAAAUAAAACCCUCUAUCAGUUUGCCUACUUUACAUGCCAAGACCGAGUUUGUCAUACAGAUUCUGAUGACGAUACAUAUGUCGCUUUUUGUGCCAUUGUUUUAGGACAAGCUAUCUGCACGGCUAACUUGUGGGCUUUCUGCGUUGUUUAUCGAAGCACGAGAAUGGGUGCGAAUGUGAAAGUGAAUCUUUUAUGGAAUACCGCGUUGCGAGCUGUCCGAGGGCUACUCGAUGUUUACUUUGCGAGUUGUAUUUUGAAAUGGACAGCUCCAGCUCUCUUCUGGGAUGAGCCUCCUUUGAAGCCUCAUUGUCUCUCGAUGGCCAAUUAUCCAUGGAGUGGAGCCAUGCUCAACCAGAUUCUCAGCACUUUCUAUCUAGGCACAGCUGUCACUUGCCAAUGUCUUGAACAUUUGAUCACUAUCAGCAGGCCCUCAACCAACUCUUCACGUUUUACAACCAAUUCAGGUUCUUCGCGCUUCACUUUGAUGCCGGUGAUACUCUUUCUCAUACCCGUCUUUGCUUACGGAUCGUUGAUUGGGCAAAUUGGAAAGGUCUACGCAAAUUUGUACACGUUUAGUGCAUUUAUAUACGAUACAAGUCUUUAUAUUUUCCGUCGCUUGCCCUUCGGUAAUUGGUUUGAUCGGAUUUUCGACGAUAGUUGGUGGGUACUUUCUGGUGCCUCAGUCUUUGCAGCACUUAUCGAUCUGAUCACAUUAAGAAAAUUGCGAAAAGUGAUGAUAGAAAUGAAAGAAACGCAAAAGAGCGUCAACGAUGUGCGACAAAAUCGAGCAGAUCUUCGACUCGGCAUUCAGAUGCUGAUCAGUCACUCGAUGAACAUUUUCUACUAUAUUGUUAUUUUUCUCCCCAUGUUCCCCUUCUAUGAGUCACUUUUCGAUGUUGGAAGCGAGAGUCGAUUUCAUUUCAUCUUCUCUACAAUUAGCGCUCUACAAAGCCUAAGCAUUGGUCUUAUGAUGGUGUGUUUCUAUAGAGAAGACAAUCCCGAAAAGGAUGCCGUGAGGACUGUGGCUUCUACAACA